UCAAUCAGGAGCUACCCCUAUGCACAGAUAAGGAAGGAAGCGGGUAGGUACAGCUGAACCUGUUCCCUUCUCCUCCUCCAUUUUCACCUUUACACUCUCUCUCCAGUGUGGAGAGAGAGAAAGAGGAGUGAGGCUGUAUUUGUUUUUCUGUCUGUUUUGUUUUUGCUCUUCUCUACUUUGGGACCCAAUAUUGAAAGUGGCUUCAGGAUAUUUACUGAGGGGAAACAGGCGACUGAACGCAACAUGGGGUCUGAUGACUCGUACAAUUUUGUCUUUAAAGUGGUUUUGAUAGGGGAGUCUGGGGUCGGAAAAAGCAACCUCCUGUCUCGGUUCACCAAGAAUGAGUUCAGUCACGACAGUCGUACAACCAUCGGUGUGGAGUUCAGCACACGGACCAUUCAGCUGGACAACUUCACCAUCAAAGCUCAAAUCUGGGACACAGCCGGGCUGGAGCGCUACAGGGCUAUCACCUCAGCGUAUUACAGGGGAGCAGUUGGAGCAUUGUUGGUCUAUGACAUUAGCAAGCACUUGACUUAUGAGAGCGCAGAGCGCUGGCUGAAAGAGCUGUACGACCAUGCAGACCCUCACAUCGUGGUCAUGCUGGUUGGAAAUAAGAGAGACCUGGAGACCCUCAGGACCGUGCCCUCAGAGGAAGCCAAGGACUUCGCAGACAAGAAAGGUCUUAUGUUUAUGGAAACAUCAGCUUUGGACUCCACCAAUGUCGAAGUCGCUUUCCAUGAAGUCCUCGCUGCGAUCCAUAAGAAGGUGGCCAGCAGAGAGGUGACCCGGGGCUCCAUUAGUGCUGUUACUAUAUCCAACCCCCUCGGACCGACCAGUGAGGCACAAGAGGAGCGCAGAGGCUGCUGCGGCAGCUCCUAACAGACCACAGCCCCCGUGAACACCUGCUCUGUCCACGCCAAAGCAACAUCACGGUCGAAUAUCGUUCACGCUUAAGCCUGACAUCUGUCACACACGAUUUGAAGAGCGAGGUACCUGCUUGACCCUUGAGGAGUCAAUGUACAAACCUCCAUAUAUAUAAAAGCUGUAUAUAACAGUUUAUAACUCAGAGAAAUUCCAUAUUUGUGUCUUUAUACACUGUAUUUCUUGUGGUGGCUAAUUGGCGCUUCUACUAUAGAUAGUUGUGCAGUUUAUUUUCUUAUCUCUCUGUUUCAUGUUUUUAAACAGGAGUUGUAAAGUUGUAUUGCUUUUAUACAGGAAUGCACUGGGAUUGACUUGGAAUAAAUUAUUUAUGAUA